CUGUGGGACAACUCCUACUUUCUGUCAGGUUGUGAUUGGCUUUCAAAAGAGGCAGUGUCCUAUAAAUUGCCAUCUCCGCUCUGCUUCUGCUCUAUCACCAGCUGAGGGGCAGCAUAUUUGAAGGAGGAAGAUGCCAAUUGUCAAAAACGUGAGCAGAGCUGUCAGCCAGCUGCUACAGAGCUCUGGUUGUGGAUGUGGGAUUUCCAUCGUGCCUGUUCGAUGCAUUGGAGUCUCACCCCGCCAGGUGGCCUCCGAUGCUAGCUUUCACUCGGUUUCUUUUUCCGACACCGAUCAUCCUCGGGUGCUAAUUACAGGUGGACUUGGCCAGCUUGGAGUAGGACUUGCUAAGCUUCUGAGGAAACACUUUGGAAAGAACAAUGUGAUCUUGUCUGACAUUAGAAAGCCUGCGGAUAAUGUUUUCUAUAGUGGUCCUUUUAUCUACGCAGAUAUCUUGGACUACAAGAAUUUACGUGAGAUAGUGGUGAAUAAUCGGAUAACUUGGCUCUUCCACUACAGCGCUUUGCUCAGUGCUGUUGGAGAAGCAAACGUCCCUUUGGCCAGAGCGGUAAAUAUUACCGGUUUGCACAAUGUUCUGGAUAUUGCAGCUGAGCAUAAUUUGAGACUCUUUGUUCCAAGCACUAUUGGAGCCUUUGGACCCACAUCUCCUCGAGAUCCAACUCCUGAUCUCUGCAUUCAGAGGCCAAGGACAAUCUAUGGAGUCUCCAAGGUUCACGCUGAGCUCAUGGGAGAAUACUACCAUUACCGGUACGGCCUAGACUUCCGCUGCCUGAGGUAUCCAGGAAUUAUAUCCGCUGACUCUCAGCCUGGCGGGGGAACAACUGAUUAUGCUGUCCAGAUUUUCCACGAUGCCAUGAAGACCGGCAAAUUUCAGUGCAACCUAAAGCCGGACACUCGUCUCCCUAUGAUGUAUAUUGAUGACUGUCUGAGAGCGACUCUGGAGGUCAUGGAGGCCCCCGCAGAGGCACUGAGCAUGAGGACAUACAACAUCAGUGCCAUGAGCUUCACUCCUGAAGAGCUGGCACAAGAGGUGCAGAAGCAUGUUCCUGAGCUCCAGGUGACCUACAAUGUGGAUGAAGUCAGGCAGGCCAUAGCUGACAGCUGGCCGAUGAACUUUGAUGACAGGAACGCCCGGAGGGAUUGGGGUUGGAAACAUGAUUAUGAUCUCCCUGAGCUGGUGACUACAAUGUUCAGCUUCCUUGGGUCUGACUCCAGGAUUGCUCAAGCUAACUGAAAUACUUCGUAAGAUAUUUCCAGAUUUCCACAGAGGACCAGGAAGAAAUGGCUGAAAUUAGUUUAUAAUUUUCUGAGUCUUAGAGCAUGUCGUUUAUUAUUAUUUUUGUAAGUAGCAAUAGAGUUGGGCAGGAACAUAUUGUAGCAGGAGUGUACUAUUAGGUAAACAACAUCACGUUUGGCACUGUUUCCAAGCACAGCACCAAUGACAAAGGUGGAAUUCUUGAACUUUCACACUUAAUCAGCUAGAAAAACAAAAAAAAGCAAGGACUUACUCCUGGCUGAUGACUCGCAGAUCGUUCCGGCUGCCUGCCUCUGCUGUGGCAAACAACCUGGGGCAAUAUGUCAAACCUAGUGUUUCAGGCAUAUCCUCGCAAAGUUAACAAUAGGGUUUCCAUUUUCCUGGUGGAGGAUGUUAGAUCAUAGUAAGAUAUGAUCCUUUCUGUUCUUUGCUUGCAAAAGAGACAUCAGAAGAGCUACUUCAUGUUUCCAAAUUGUAGGGGUCGUUGCAAUUCCAGUUUGAAGUCAAACUUUGGUUGAUAGUUCCUAUACAUAUAUAUAUAUAUAGAGAGAGAGAGAGUGCUGUAUAAACAUACACUUUUCUAUACAUAGGGCAUACAAAGUAGCAUUAUUCUUAUAAUGCUUGUAAAUGUGAAGGGGAAUAGGACUUGAAUUCUCAUUAAGCUUUCAAAAAAUAGGGUUUACAAGCUAAGCUUUGUCCUGUUCUUUGAAAGCGCUGCCUUCAUUUUAACCUUGGAGGUAGAUCAGAAAUCCGAAUUGCUGUUACGUGUAUGUGAAUCUGGGGCGUAUUUCAAGAAGGCAAUGCCCGGGUAUGGGUUUAUGGGUAAUUAGCACUACUUUUGGUCAUCCCAGUUGUUUGCCGUGCUAGCACGAUGACAUACUGCCUGGAGCAAGUUUUAAGGGCGGGCUGAUGAUGGAGCCUUACGGUAGAGUCAAGUCAGCCUCUGAAAUCUGUUCACAUUCACUACGUUUUCCAUGUGCACUGUAAGUGUAUUUGUAGAUGCUAUUUAUGUGUAACUGUCACACGCCUUUAUUCUUUAGAGAGGGAUCCAGAAGCUGAAACCAUCUUCUAGCUACAGUUAAGGGCCGUUCUGCUCAUUGAGUUUCAUGCAGAGGAGAUUCUGGGAUUAACAAGGGACCCUUAGCAGGUGCAUGCAAGGAAGAUAUGUCUAGCUGAAAGCUACUUAGGAGACUUUGAGGAAUUACAAACUGUGGAAAGAGAGAGAGAGACAGGAAAGCCAUUUUGGGUCAAAUACUGGUUUCCAUGGAUGUGAAUCUGAGCCAUGGGCUACUAUAGCUAUGGCGUGCCUUGAGAAGCAUAUACAUCUUUUGUUUUCAGAAUGACUGGAAAUUCCCUAUAUGAAGCUCUCCCUCUUCUGUCUUGUAUACUCCAAUAGUGUGUGUAGGUAAACACAGUCAAGUAUCUAUUUUUUUUUUUUGCCUACAACCUGUUUGCCGUGUUUUCUGUGAUGAUGCUGUGGCAGUUGUGAGUCCGUCGCGCUCUCUGUAACCCCGCGGUGAUUCCUCAGUAAGUGGAUAACCGACAUGACCAGAUUUCUGUCUCUUUGCAAAGGAAACUACAUGGUGCAGGGAAUAUGUUUUUCUCGUGAAAGUAACCUUCAAAUGGAAGAUUCUGUGGUGAAACCCAGUUAUUUUAAGCGUUAAACUUGUGUCUCUUGACUUUGUAUGUAUCUUACUUUGGCAAAGUACGCGCUUCCCAGGUAUUUAAGCUCAAAAACCUCUAAGGUUGUGGCCUGUUAUUGAAACUUUUUUUUUAUACUGUUUACGUUUCUGAAAAUACAAGUUUUUAAACUUUGGCCGCUGUUGUAACUAUCACAUUGUUCAAGUGUAAUAUUUGGCCCAAUGGGCCAGCAAAGUUGGCCCUCCGUUCAUACCCUCCAAGGAAAGACUGGCUCAGGUUUUGUCCUCAGCCCUGCCAAAACAGGGUUAUCUCCUAGUGAACUGUCGCGCCGAGCCGUCAGGUGAAGGGCUUUAAUAUGAGCUGAAGUGUCUCGUCCGUUCCAGUCUUUCAUACGUCAGACCCUGGGGACUCCUCGUUGCCUCCGUUCCAUGAGAUGUCUAAAAUAAAGACGUGUUGACGGGUCUCACUCCAUUUCUUUACAUCAGUCAGAGCGAUGGGGUCUGCUCCCCUCGCCCUUGUUCAAGGCUGCAACUAACACUGUCGAGAGUGAAGAGCAAGAAUGUUCUCUCUCCUGAAACGCGCUGUCCUUGCUUGUGGCAUUGCAUGAAAGCUUUGCGUAAGGUGUUGCAACGAAGGUGAAAUUCAAACCUACGGCUUUUUGAAUAGAAGUUUCUCCUCUCUUUUUUUUUUUUUUUUUUCCCCCUCCUCUUUUUUGCAAAAUCUGAAAUAAACCAUAUGGCAACAGAGAGUUGUUUGGAGGUAACAAGGUGGUGACAGUCAGGGAACGUGAUUAGAGAUGUCUACAGGGUCUGAGUCCUGUUUGAAGUUCUGGUUUGUGACCUGUGACCAAUGACACAUGUAUUUUUUCCCUAUCUUGCCCAUUAACUUCUGUUGUAACUAUGUUACAGUAUUUUCGGUAUUAUACAUUUUGUACCACAUCAGAUUGAUUUAACUUUUGCUACCAGUUUGAAGUUUGACUUCUGGGCAGAGACUUCUCUCGAGACAUUUGAGCAUUGUAGCUGUUAAAUUACCUUUUCAGGAAAAAAAAAAAAAGAAAAGUUAAGACUAUUUUUUCAACUAUUGCAAGUUGUGGAUAAUGCCUCCUUUAAUAAAAUCCUGUGCAGAUGUA